GCUUCUUCUUAGGAACAGAGUCAUCUGUAGUUGCUUUCAAUGCCUAACAUUGCAGAAGUUGGAAGAUCCACUGAUUCUGGACAUGGCGAGCAGAAAUCAGAGAACGAGUCCUCAGAAGAGGGUCUACAAGGUGCUGUACAAUCUUUCUGCACAAGUGCCUCGGGAGCACGUGUGGGCCCCAGAGGAGAUGGGCAUUAUCCUGCAAGUUGUCCAGUGACUCAUACUCGGGAAAAAAUUUAUGCCAUCUGUUCAGACUACGCCUUUCUCAACCAGGCAACCUCAAUCUACAAAACUCCCAACCCAGCCCAGUCUUCUGGCCGCCCUCAUAAUACCUCGCUUUCUGCUGGAAAUAGCUCAAGAUAUAUUGGUAUCUCAACUAAUACAUCAGAAAUAAUCUAUAAUGAAGAAAAUAGCUUGGAAAACUUAUCCACCAACCUGGGCAAGCUACCUCUAGCAUGGGAAAUUGAUAAAUCUGAGUUUGAUGGGGUGACUACAAAUUUGAAACACAAAUCAGGCAAUGCAAAGAAACAAAUUUCCAAGAAAAAAACUUCAGAUAAGAAAGGGCGACAUCAGAGGGAGUGUCCCCACCAUUCUCCUCUUGAGGAUGUUAAACAGCGGAAAGUGUUAGACCUCAGACGAUGGUACUGCAUAAGCCGACCACAAUACAAGACUUCAUGUGGUAUCUCCUCAUUGAUUUCUUGUUGGAAUUUCUUAUACAGCCUAAUGGGAUCUGGAAAUCUCCCACCUAUUACACAAGAAGACGCAUUACAUAUUUUGGGCUUCCAACCCCCAUUUGAAGAGAUUAGGUUUGGCCCUUUCACUGGAAAUACAACACUCAUGAGAUGGUUUAGACAAAUUAAUGACCACUUCCAUGUGAAAGGAUGCUCUUAUAUUCUAUACAAGCCUCACGGGAAGAACAAAACAGCUGGAGAAACUGCUCCAGGGGCCUUGUCAAAGUUGACCCGAGGACUGAAAGACGAGUCACUGGCUUAUAUCUAUCAUUGCCAAAAUCAUUAUUUUUGUCCAAUUGGCUUUGAAGCAACCCCUGUUAAAGCUAAUAAAGCAUUCAGCAGGGGCCCUCUAUCACCACAAGAAGUAGAAUAUUGGAUUUUAAUUGGCGAGUCAAGUAGAAAACAUCCUUCCAUCCACUGUAAAAGAUGGGCAGAUAUUGUCACUGAUCUAAACACUCAAAAUCCAGAAUUCUUAGAUAUCAGACAUCUGGAGAGGGGGCUGCAGUUCCGUAAAACAAAGAAGGUUGGAGGAAAUUUGCAUUGCAUCAUAGCAUUCCAGAGACUCAGUUGGCAAAGAUUUGGCUUUUGGAACUUUCCAUUUGGAACCAUUACACAAGAAUCACAACCUCCCACACAUGUCCAGGGAAUUGCCAAAUCUGAGAGUGAGGACAAUAUCUCUAAGAAGCAGCACGGACGCCUCGGCAGGUCCUUCAGUGCUAGUUUCCACCAGGACUCAGCAUGGAAGAAGAUGUCUAGCAUCCAUGAGAGAAGGAACAGUGGCUACUGCAGCUACAGUGAUUACAAUGGCAAUGACUGACCAUGCUGGAAACUGAACCACUGUUGUCACCCACACAGCUGUUAUGUAAAGGACUGCAUUAAGACUUCAUAUGGUUUUAUAAAAUCUAUCAAUAGGAACAGAUCUUGUGGUACAAAGCAUAACCUGUAGUUCUCUAGUAAAUAAGCCUACAUGGGAUUACAAUGGAUGGUUUCCAAUACUCAGGCAGGUAAACAAAGAUUACUGCCCUUUUAAAGUUAAAAGUAGAUAAGCAAUCUGGACAAUGAGUUUCACAAAAUCCAACAAAAUAGUAACUGCUUCAAAGCAAAUACACAAAGGCAUUUAACAGUAUCAAAACUUGAACUACUUAAGCAUGAAGUGAUUUAUUGAAGCUUGAUUCCUAGUCAUUUAUUACAGUUACUUUGAUUCCUAAGAUCAAUUUGCAAGGCACCAUCUGCCCUUAAAAAAUGGGGGCUGUCAAGUUCUAGUUUUUUGCUUAUAGUUAAAGCUCAUUUAAAGUGAUCUUGCUUGUCUGGUUGUUGUUUCAGAGCUGGCAGUAUCCAUCUCACCUCUUUGCUUUCCUUAAUAACUGUCUCAGGAUUCUUGACAAAGAAGCAGAAAAAUACUCAAUAACCUGACCUUUUCUAUAGGUGCAGAUGGGUGACUUAGGGCACUGAUUCUGAUACGCUGAGUUGGCACAUGGCUGUGAAAUAGUUAUGCAAAAACUAGGUCUUGAAUGAUGUCUGCAGGUCUAGAACAAACCUUGCUUUAUGCAUAUAGUUACAGAGCACUUGGAAUCCAGAGUUUCUAUCUACAUGGUAAUAUGUGCAGUGAGAUCUGAUACUUAAUUUGUCUCUUAAUGGAGUAAUGUGUAUUAUGCAGUACUGAAGACAUGUUGGCAAUGUCCAGCUCAGUGUGAGGACAACUCUCUGUAUUAUCAACUCUGAGUUCUUUCCUUUUGUGAAACAUUCAAACAGUUGGUUGUCUGAAGCACGUGUUAAAUAUUUCAGAAGUGUGAAUUCAAUAUUCAAGCUUCUCUUUAGCUGCUGUUGUUUUAUUUUUGCCAAGGUGUGACUUCUAUGAUGUUUUCUUUCGUGUAAUAGGCUCAUUCCAGGAUUCAAAUCAGUAACGUGGUGAUUACAAGGUGCUGAGAAUGUUGGAAUAUUGCAAUACACCUCAAAGAGAAGUUUCAGAUUUUUAUUUUUAAAAAUCUUUUGUUUUUUCUCUUGAAUUUUAUAUGUGUAUCCACUCAUACAUGUUCAGCAUACAGCAUAUAUAUAAAAAAUGGUCCUAUUUCUGAAGAGAUUAUUUAGCUUGAAUGCAAGGGACUAAAAGACUUGAAGGUUGUUGAUUUGUUACUUCAUACUGGAGCUUUUUAAAUGGUUUCAUUAAAUAAAGUUUUGUUUUCUACUUUUAA